AUGGAGGUUGAGAGACCCAAGCUCAGGGAUGAGCCUCAUCUCUCUAGUGCCUACAUCCGUAGUCUUGUAAAGCAAUUGAGCUCCUCCAAAUCCAAAGCUCCUACAAAUCCAAAGUCCCCUAAUAGAGUGAUCGGAGAUGAGCUUUUGCAAGACCUCGCUAAACAAACUCAAUACAUUAGUGAAGUUCAACAACAACGGUCACCACCUCCACCACCACAACCUCAGCUACCUAAGAAACAAGUAAGAAGAAGACUCCAUACAAGUAGACCUUAUCAAGAAAGGAUACUUAAUAUGGCAGAAGCUAGAAGAGAAAUUGUGGCAGCACUCAAGUUUCAUAGAGCAGCUAUGAAACAAGCAAAUGAAGAACAACAGCAGCACCACCAACAACAAAAACAAAAUUUGAUACCAUCUUCUGCUCUCUAUUCAUCUCUGCCAACUUUGGAGGAGCCACACCAAGAGUUGAUAGAUUCUAAGAGAAAUGAUAGAUUAUAUCCACCCAAUUACAUCUAUCCUUACUACCAUCAGAAUCCCUCUUUCUCAUCCUUUCUUCACCCUUCUGUUCGGGCUUAUCCAUCAAUUCCACCACUAUCCAUUGCUGAUAAUCUAAACCUUCCUCUUCCUAACCAACCCUUAGGCCUAAAUCUCAAUAUUCAAGGCUUCAAUAAUCUUGACAUUUCUAUUAGCAACAACAAUACCAACAACCUGCCAAUCCAGCCAUUGCCAUCACCACCACCAUCAUCUUGCUCUUCUUAUUCUUAUUCUUCCCCUCCUACUAUGUCAGGUCUUGAAAUACCAUCUAUCUUGGAUGUGUCCCCAUAUACAUCUGAUGUUGUAUCAAACCCUAUCUCUACAAUAUUGCAUCCGGUGAUGGAUGAUGAGGAUAUGGCAAAGAUCCAUUCAAUUGGAGAACAGUAUGACAUGGAGUGGAAUGAUACAAUGAACUUGUUCACAUCCAUAUGGUGGAGUAAAUUCCUCAAGAACAUGGAGGGAAGCCCUAAUAAGAGGAUAACAAGAGUAAGGGAAGAUGGGUUGCAUGUGUUCGAUGAGAUUUUGGCUCCACUACCUUGGUUGAGUGAUGGCUAUUCAGGGGAUGUCAAGGACAGCUACCUCUUAUACCAACAACAACAGAUGGAUGACUACAACCCCCCAGAGGACUAUUUAAAAGAUGUAGCCUUGUCAUGCUUGGAUAUUGGAGAAAUUGAAAGUUGGGAUGCAGAAUAG